AUGAUGUUAAUGUGGAUGCUUGCACUGUUUGUGUCGAGUUCGUUUCAAAAUGAAUUGGUACUACCUAUGAAUAACUGCAACUUGGACUUUAAUGUAGCAAGAGAUUACAUUUAUAGGAAAACUGAAGGACUUAAUCAAUAUUAUCAAGAAGUUAAGGAUGAGCACGUAGUAUACGAGCACGUCAAAGGCGGUCUGAUAAGGAGAGUGAUACUCAGAGAUAUUGAGCUAUUUAACGAUAAGGAAGAACGUGAGCCAGGGUUUAGAAGAUUAGUCCGCUACGAUCACUUCGGAAAUAGCGACAUAGUGGUGAUAGACGGAGUAUUGGACGUGUUGAUAACUGAAAGAGCCUUCCUGUUCACCUAUGGAAGGAUGUAUAACCUCAUGGCAGUAGAAGCAGCACUGGUGGAUUCGCUGAAACACUGCGACUUGUCGACAGCAGAGUUUGUCAGAAAACUGGUGUAUUCAAGGCUGCCUAAAAUAAGAAGUCUUGAAAACUAUAACGGCCUAGGAUUAGUUAACAAUGCAUUCAAAAUGAUGGACAUUGGAGAUGACUAUGAGGACCACAUUAAGUUCCACUUCAAUAAUAUACUAAAAUUAAUGGAAGUGAGAAUUGUGAAGCUAGACAAUUAG